CCUGUCCGCCAGACACUUCCGUGUUUUUGCCGCUGCAGCCUUAACUGUUUCAGAGUCAGCUCAUUUGAGACAUACUGGAACUUACCAUCUCUAAACUGAGCUGAACUCAUGUUUUUACAACUGACCUCAGUUCAGCGGUUUGGCAUCCGGGAUCCUCUUGUGACAGUCAGCUGAUCGCGGCCAGGAUAUACGAAAGUAUUGAGCUCUGCUGUCUGACAACAAGAAGCACAGUCAUAGUUUAUUUAAAACUGGCAGAAAUGGCCACAAACCCACCCAAGUUAAAGAUUGCGAUUACUGCCAAUGAAAGGCUGCAAAACUUGAAAAAUACUUUUGAAACAAAGUAUGCCGAAUCUCCUCUCUUCUAUGCAUAUGCACCUGGAAGGGUAAAUCUAAUAGGAGAGCAUAUCGAUUACUGUGGCUAUUCUGUUCUUCCGAUGGCUAUUGAACCGAAUAUCCUCGCAGCCGUCUCAGUGAACAAUUCAGGGACAAUCACGCUGGCCAACGCAAAUCCUCAAUACAAGGAUUUCACUGUGUCGUGUUCAGAGGACAUUGCCAUAGACAGAGAGAAUCCAAAGUGGCAUUAUUAUUUUCUCUGUGGAGUAAAAGGUAUUCAGGAGAAGUUUGGGAUUGCUCAUUUAGCAGGGAUGUCAUGUGUCAUAGAUGGAACCAUUCCUCCGAGCUCUGGCCUGUCCAGUUCUAGUGCCUUAGUUUGUUGUGCUGGGCUCGUAACAAUGGAGGCAAAUCAAAAGUCCCUCUCCAAGGUGGCGCUGGCUGAGAUAUGUGCCAAAUGUGAGCGCUACAUUGGCACAGAGGGAGGGGGCAUGGACCAGUCCAUCUCAUUCCUGGCAGAGAGAGGAACUGCAAAGCUGAUAGAGUUCCAGCCUCUGCGGGCCACUGAUGUCAAGCUGCCAGACGGGGCCGUGUUUGUGAUCUCCAACUGCUGUGUGGAGAUGAACAAAGCUGCUUCUUCUCACUUCAACAUCCGGGUAGUGGAGUGUCGAAUCGCCACAAAGAUGCUGGCCCAGGCGCGGGGUCUGGACUCGGGCAGGUUGUUGAAGCUGGUCCAGGUUCAGACGGAGCUGAAGGCCUCCCUGGAGGAGAUGCUGGCUCUUGUGGACGAGGUGUUGCAUCCUGAGCCGUACGGCCGAGAGGAGAUCUGCAAAGCGCUGGGCAUCACCUCCGAGCAGUUUUCCACAGAGCUGCUGAGCGCUAACACUCAACAUGUGACUCAUUUCAAGCUGCACCAGCGAGCCAAGCAUGUGUACGGUGAAGCUGCGCGGGUGCUGUGCUUUAAGAGCGUGUGCGACUCAGAACCUGCUGAAUCCAUACAGCUACUGGGAGACCUGAUGAAUCAGAGCCAUGCAAGCUGCAGAGACCUGUAUGAGUGCAGCUGCCCUGAACUGGAUCAACUGGUGGACAUCUGUCUGAAGUCGGGGGCUGUGGGCUCCCGGCUGACAGGAGCUGGAUGGGGCGGCUGUGCUGUCUCCAUGGUUCCCGGUGAGAAGGUGGAGUCUUUCUUACAGGCAGUAAGGGAGACCUACUACCUAAGUGAUCCACGCAGAGCAGCGAUGGAAAAACAGAGUUUGUUUGUGUCAAAGCCGGGAGGGGGAGCUGCAGUUUUCCUCGAGGAGUGAAAUGUAUCAUCCGUGCCUGUUUUUACAGCUAUCAUUCAAUUUCAAAUACACUGCUGCAGGGAAAUAAGGCACUUGUCACAAAUUACUACUAAUAAUAAUAAUACUAAAUGUAAACCUUACUUCUGUGUUUCAUUUGGCCUCUUUACUCUUUACAGAUUAUUCUGGAAUAUAAGGGCCAAAAAUUGACAACAGAUGUGAAAUAUUUCUUACAAAGGGAAUAUGCUUUUUGUGUUAUAACAUGUUUUUUUUAAUCAUGAAUGUUAGGGUUUUUGUAAUAAAUUGAUUUUGUAUAGCUAAUUCACGGUCUCAUUGUUCACCUCAGAAAAGAAAAGAUGACAAAUAAACUAUUAAACAAUAA